AUGACAGGCGGCGACCAACAACGAGUGGCCACUUCUGACUACCGCUCCGAUUACCGCCAAGGUCUCGACACACGUCCCACGCCCCAGCAGCCCUCGAUCAACGAGUCGGAUCGCCUGUCCAUCAUCAUGGGACUCACGUAUAACAUCUACCUCAACUCUACCUCGUCGCGCAUCUACGGCUGCAAGAACUGCAAGACGCAUCUCUCCAACCACGAUGACAUACUUAGCAGGAACUUCCGCGGCCAACAUGGCAAGGCCUACCUCUUCGACAGCGUCGUAAACAUCACCGAAUCCGACCCCAACGAGCGCAACAUGACCACGGGACGUCACAUAGUACGCGACAUCCACUGCCGCCAGUGCAAGGAGACGGUCGGUUGGAAGUAUGACAAGGCAUACGAAGCCAGCGAAAAGUACAAAGAGGGCAAAUUCAUCCUCGAGGAGGAGCUACUAUGCACCGUCACCUGA